UGUUUGUGUUAAAGUUCUAAGAAGUUGGAGCGAGCUGCAGGAAUGGCUGACCAGAAGCGCCUUGCCUACUCCAUCAUCCAGUUUCUACACGACCAGCUACAGAAUGGGGGGCUGUCUCCAGAUGCUCAGGAGAGUUUGGAAGUUGCCAUCCAGUGCCUGGAGACAGCGUUUGGGGUCUCGAUGGAAGACCAAGGCCUAGCUGUGUCCCAGACUCUUCCUGAAAUAUUCGAAGCUGCUGCAGGAAAGGAGCCUGAACACAUCAGAACAAACUCAGAGCCCAUCACCCCCUCUGAAGAUGACAUAGCUGAGGCUGAAAGACUGAAGACUGAAGGAAACGAACAAAUGAAGGCAGAGAACUUCGAGGCUGCAGUGUGUUUCUAUGGAAAAGCAAUUGAAUUAAAUCCAUCCAAUGCUGUGUAUUUCUGCAACAGAGCUGCUGCAUACAGUAAACUAGGAAACUAUGCUGGAGCAGUGAGAGACUGUGAAAGAGCUAUAGGCAUUGAUCCAAACUACAGCAAAGCUUAUGGCAGAAUGGGCUUGGCCCUCUCCAGCUUAAACAAACACACAGAAGCUGUAGUUUACUACAAAAAAGCUCUGGAGCUGGAUCCAGACAAUGACACAUACAAAUCCAACCUUAAAAUAGCUGAACAGAAAAUGAAGGAGACUCCAAGUCCAACUGGAGGUCCAGGAGGAUUCGAUUUAGCUGGCUUGCUGAACAACCCUGGCUUCAUGAGUAUGGCGUCUAACCUAAUGAACAAUCCACAAGUACAACAGCUCAUGUCCGGGAUGAUUUCUGGUGGCCACAACCCCAUGGGAGCAGCAGGCACCAGCCCAUCCACAAAUGAUCUUGCCAGCCUCAUACAAGCGGGACAGCAGUUUGCUCAGCAGAUGCAGCAGCAGAAUCCUGAACUUAUAGAGCAGCUACGAAGCCAGAUCAGGAGUCGAACUCCAAGUGCCAGUAACGAAGAUCAGCAGUAAUGAGCCCUCCAGCGCAGUCCGUGGGAACUAUGUUCUUUGCUUUAAAAACUGGAAGCCAUGUGUGUGUUGCCAUUUCUUGAGUUGGAAGUGUCCAAGAGGGGGAAAAAAAAUAAUGGAAAACCAAAAUACUUUCUAUGACCUGCAUGU